UUGUAUUGCUUGAAAAAAGAUCGAGAGGAUGGGUUUCUUUUCUUCUCCUUUUUUCAGAAUUCUUGAUUGAAAGCUCUUUGUACUGGUCAAAAAUGCAAUAAAUUAUCUUGGGGCUAGUAGAGCUUCAAAUAAGGAUUUUUCAAUGAAGUCAAAGGUAUUCCUGCAAUAUCCACAAAAUAGGAUAUUUCGUUUGUUUUCAUCUGACCAGAUCUAGCAUAAUACACUCUUUUUUUCAUAAGAACCAGUAAAUUCAAGUUCAGGCUGACUGUUCUUGAUUUUUUUGAAAAUCUGAGGCUGGGUUGUUCUUAAUUUGUUCUUAAACUAAGAGGGUGUAAGCAGUGCGAUUGCUAGCUUUUUCGCUCUAAGGAGGUGUCCAGGCCUCAUUUGCCAAUAAAGUGAGUGAGACAGCCUUAAUCUGCUGACAAAUUUGAAUAUUCACUGAAAAAGUACCCACACAUCGCUGAUAAUCUUUGAUUUUGAGAAAAAUCGUUGUUUAAAAUUGCAUUUUGCAGAAGCUCAGCCUCAGCUUGUUCUUAAUUUGUUCUUAACUUUUGACCAGUUUUGAGGCUCGUGUUCUUAUAAAAUUGUUCUUAUAAAAAAAAGAGUUUAUUAUACUUUUGGCAUAAUAUUGACCAAAAUCGUGGUUUAGCACAAUAUCUAGCAUAACUUAGAAUCUAACAUAACUCUGGCAUAAUUUUGAUAUCUUAAAAAAAAUCAUCAUUGUUUCCAUUGGUUUGUUGUCUAUCGUUACCAAAUACCUUAUACCAGCAUGCAUGGCUAUCAUUUUGGGAGUAAAUUGUGACUUGCUACUUUCAGGGUUGCCAGAUGUUUGGAAUGAUUGGCAGCCAAGCAUUUUACCGUUGGCGGCCAAAUUCAGCCAACUAAACGAAAUAUACAAAAAGCUAACUUUUGCUAAUUGUGGGGAGUGAUCGUGUAAUCAAAAUUUGCUUUGUAGGUUACGUUGCUUUAUCUUAAAUUGCUUUAUCUAAACUUUCAGUUGCUUUAUCUUAAAUUGUCUGUUAUCUUUUACUUUGUUUCAUGUUGCGUCAUUUAAAAUUUUGAAAAUGAUUUCUGCAAACAUUUUUGCUUCCUUUGAAUUUUCAUGGUUUUUGCAACAUUUACGAACAGAGUUCAGCCAAAUUUUGCUUCUUCGGCCAAAUCAAAUUAUGACGGCCAAGGGGUUUUGAAAAACAGCCAAAAUGGAGAAAGUUGGCCGUCAAAACAAUUGAUCUAAGUUGCCUUUUUCUGUAUGAAUUAUGAGUAUACUGUGUUUUAGACAUAGAGAUGAGUAGUCAAAAAGGCCAAAUUGACACUCUGGUCAUUUUUGCUAUUCUGAGCAUAGGUUAGCCUCUUUCCCUUACAGGAUUGCCUUGAUUUGAAAUUUAGCAUAAGUUUUGCAAAUCUAGCAUAAUUUAAUGACAAAUUUGGCAUGAUUCCAAAAUUGAGAUCGGGUCAAACUGUUGCAGGGAGAGUUUAACUCAAUCUCCAAAUCUCGAUAUUAAUCGCUCUUGGUCAAGUACAUGGCCUUACAGAGCUCUGGAUGAAAACUAGCGCUAGAAACCCACAUAAUUCAUCUCGCUACACAGAUCAGCAAGAUUCAUUGGUGAAAUGACGUUCCAGCAUUUAUCCUGCAUUACAUGGAAAUGGUUUUCCAAGCAAGGUGGAAAUGAAGCAGUCAGCCAUGGGCAGUAGUCUCGAAAAAUACCACGAUUGCAAAAAGCGAAAACUGCAGAUUGCAAAAGCUGUGGAGUUCCUGGUACAGGUGUUGAUGAGAGGGACAAGACUAGAAAUGAUGAACCACGCAGGGACCAGUAUAACCAUUGCCAAGAUAAAAUAAGAGAACUAAAAUAGUCUAACUAAAACCCUUCGAUUUACCUCCCUUUUCGCAUCCCGAUUCUCGGGGGAACGGGCUCUGUUGUCCGAAACAAGACCACCUUUGACAAGAGCAAGCCUUGACGAGGUGAAUGAACGGUUGCUCUUAUAUCAUAUCAUGUUUUAGUACGGUUUCUAGCUACUUUUCCUUCACCUAGUACUAGUACUAAAAAAAUCUAUUACCAGUUUACAGAAUAUGAGAUUGGCAUACUGCGGGCCAGGCCCUAAUUUAACAUUUGUAAUGAAAGAAACAAGAUUCAUUAAUUCAAAAUUUCCGAUCUGAAAAGUUCCAAAUGUUCCGACAGAUUGUAUCAACAAAAAUGUCAUUGUUGAUGCAAUCUGUUGGAACAUUCGGAACUUUUCGGAUCGGAACUUUUGAAUUAAUGAAUGUUGCAGUAUUAUUUAUAAGAAAAUUGAAGUCCAUGGAAUCCGAUUACAACUUUUCACAUGAGAGUUGGUGAGAAACUCUAAUAUGGUCUAAGCCGGUUAAGGCCCAGACGAAAGGGGCCAUAUGUUCUUUGGGGUGAACUUUCUAGGGGCUACAUGAAGGGGAGCAGCUUAUUGGAGGUCAUAGAUGAAUUAUUUGAGCAGAAGAACUUCAUGGCCCCAUGCUCUCAGUCAAAAGCCGCUGCUAUUUUUAGUGUUCUAGAAUCGCGGUUCUAGUACUGCUCGAAGUUGGAAGUGCAAAGACCGUCACGGAUCACGUUUGGUAUCCAGUGUCUGGAUUCCAGAUAAAAGUAGAUCAAUGUUGUUAUUUAAAAUAGUCACAGACAAUCAGUUGACUUAAAAUAACGUGGGUGUUGCUCCUGUGUGAUACGACUCUGUGCUGAAAGGAGCUAAAACCUUUAGAUACUCCCCAACGAUAACCUCGCACCGCAAUUCUUUCCAUCGUUAUGAAACCUUCGCAGUCAGACUCUUAGAUGCAGCUCAUCUUAAUUCAUUAAAAUUAGGGAGAUUCAAAGUUUAGGUCCAGAGGAAAGGGGCAAUAUGUUUUUUGGGUCCUGCUCCUGGCAACGUCAAUCCACCUCGUUGCGUUGAUUCUACAUGUUUGUUAACUCAUUGCAUGCAAGCAGUACUGGAAAUGAAAGUCUAUUGUUCGAUAUCCUGAAUACAGAGAAAACCCAACGUUCCAUCCAAAGAGACAAAAAACAAUGAGUUAUUGAAAGACAGUACUAGAAUUUGAAAACUACCAAUGGGAAGGGAUACCACAGUAUCUUGGCUUUGGCACGCCAUUAUUGCAAAGGUCUGUGCGACACAAAGCAAAGGCGCACAUGCAGUAAGCGCUAUUGAUAAUUUUCAAACAAAAAGUUUAAAGAAAAACUAGAAAGUAAAGUGUUGCACCACUACAUGCCACCACUGUCACGCACUCUCUCUCACACCAACUGUAGUAGGAAUGUAUAUCAAGUGUCAUUACGCUAACCUCGCUUUGACGCGCGCUAUUUCUGUCUUGCUCAUCGCUCUAAAGACUGCCCAAAGUUACUCUCCUUCGCAGAGGCUGUGGCAAACAACCAACCUUUUUUGUCAGGACCCGUGCCCGUCUCCCGGUCCAUUUCAGCCCCUCUUUCCUACUUGGAACAAAUCUACUUUCAAUACACAAAUUGAAACAACACCACUAUUGUUCAAUCUCAAUACAACUCCCUUUAAAAACAUGAAUGUAAAAUACCCAACUAAAGACAAUUUUUGGAAUGUCUUGGUUGAAUCAACCUUUCGCUUCGCCUUUUUGCAUGUUUGUUUCUGUCCUUGUUGCUAUGUUGCUGAGAUUCGCGCAAAUAAAUGUUGAUUUUUUGACGCAGUUUAUUUGGCAGAGGCACGCCGCAACUCGUUUUGAAAGAUCGGUUGCCAACAAACGCCUCUGCGAUGGAGAGUGACACAAAGUAAUAGGUACAACUAGACCUAUCUAUUUAAUAUACAACGAUAGGGAAUGGUUUGCUUAUAAAAAGGAAUUCCAUAAUUAAUUUCCCUCUCAAUACUGCGGCUUGUAAGAUCAUACCGCACGUCAACCAGCCGUACACAUCUGUUGAUCAAUAGAUUGCAGAAUUAUUAUUUCUGGUAACAUGUGCAUGACAAUUCUCAUACAAAUCCAGUAGUUAAAUUAUUUCUGUCUGCUGUAAUUUCGUGGAUUAUACAAUCAAUACCUGAAAUAUAAACAAGUAAUUGUCGUUAAUUUUCAAGAACCACCUUGAAUGUAAACAUGUUUAACUUCUCUUGUAACAAGACGAACGAUGAUGCUGAAGAAAAGGUGUGCCUUACAGAGGCAACAGAAGAGAAUCCAAAUGACGAUGACGAUAAAACGGAGAUUGACAAGUCAGAGGAAAUAUUGCAAGAACAGAAGGCUCAAUCAUCCAUUUUGCAAACAUCGUUCAACAUCCUUAACUUGAUACAAGGAAUGGGAACGUUAGGAAUCCCAUACGCGAUAAAAGUUGGUGGACUGUCAUCUAUAAUCUACAUCGUGAUAAUUGCCGUGGUCACGUGUUAUACUGGGGGCUUAAUCAUCGACGCACAGUAUGACGAUGGGUUUGAUGAAGAUGACAAGGAAGGAAAAGAGAAAUCAAAGCCAAGAGUUGGAUACGCUGCCGUUGGUGAAGCUGUUUGGUCAACAUAUGGUUCCCGAAUCGUGAGCACAGUGCAAUUGGUACAUCUAUUUGGUGCAUGCGUUCUAUACCUUAUACUUGUUUCAAAUUUCUUAGAAAGCAUAUUCCCAGAGAUAUUGCUAACCAAGAAACAUUGCAUGAUUCUAGCUGGAGUUCUGGUCUUUCCGACUGCGUUCUUGAGCAAUUUAAGUAACAUCGCAUGGCUUAGUUUAACAAGCGUUACUUCACUCAACAUCGUCUUCGUUCUUUUAAUUGGGUAUUCCGUCAGCGAGUAUCGUGAAUGGAGGAUAUCAUCACUUCACAUGGGUAGCAUUGAUGGUAUGGUAAUUUCCAUUUGCAUCAUACUUUUCAGCUACGUUGCUCACCCUUACCUUCCAAAAAUUGAAGGUAACAUGAAAGAGCCGGAAAAGUUUAAAUUCGUUACAAACGUAGCCUUCACGAUGGCAACGAUGACUAAGAUUGUUUUUGGGGUAGCACUUGCCUGCCAUUAUGGCGACAAGACCAAGCAAAGGGUAACAAAUAACGUCAGGAGCAGAAGUCUCAAAUUAGCAAUUGACGCUCUCUUGGCACUAAGUGGCCUCUUUUCGUUUGCAAUGCCGCUAAACGUCAUUUUGAACAUUAUUGAGAAAGCAGACUUGCAGUUGCUUGUCAAGAUUUUCCCACUGUUUCGCAAAAACAAGCCGAUGAGUUGCAGCGAAAGAAGCAUCGACCUAGCAAUGAGGGUCAUACUUGUUUGCAUGAGUACGACAGUAGCGAUGCUCAUACCAGAAUUCUCUCUUCUCAUGGCGAUCUUUGGUAGCGUCACUGCUGUUGGCUUGGUUAUUCUAUUUCCAAUCCACUUCCAUGCACAAAUGUUUAGAGACAAGAUGACUAAGAAAAGCCUAAUUCUAAGUUACAUGCUAGUCGCUGUUUUCAUUGUUAUUGGUGCAACUGGCCUAGCCUCAUCUUUGAAGGCACUUGUACAAGCAAUAAGGACAUCUAAUGAAUAAAUGAAAACUGAACAACGAAAAUUCACCAACAUUGACUAGAAAUUGCCGCUCCUUUGUAGCAGAGUGACUGGUGCAGUAGCUGAAUACUUGAAAGUAAUACAGUAGACUCAAUAAUGUUUUGGUCUUUACAUGCUGAGAUAUCGUUGAAUGCUGCAAAUAUCGAAAGCAUUCAAACGCUCUCUAAACCGAGAAAGUUAUGAAAGGAAAACUUGCUGUUCAACAUGAGGCCUUCUAAAUAUCAGACUUUGAAUAUAUAAGGUUGGAAAAAAUCUGGAAGUUUUCAGAGAGAACAAAUGUCAAAAGUUCGGUCAACAAUCAGAGAAUGCUUCACUAACAACAAACAGUAAAAAUACUGUAUUCUCUAAGUGCGGGCAAUAGGAACAGGCUUUUAAAGUUUUUUGCAGGAAGCAAAAAGAACAAAUUAUUCCUGUAAAAAAAUUGUUUCAUGGGAAAGGUUUGUCCAUUAGACUGAGAAUGAAUUUCCAAAGUAGUACCAAACAGUUUCAUCUAGUAAAUUUGCAUACUGGGUAUCGUACUUGUUUUAUCAUUUGGGAUUUAGCUAAGUCUUCGUUAUCUUCCCAUUUUAACAUUGAGAUUAAAGUCCUUUUAAUUUAGUAUUUGAAUAGCUUCUCAAUUGCAGAAAUUAACGUGUUAUUGUUUAAUUCUUCAGGAGUAUUACGAAACCUUAUAAAGAUGAUAUAUGGAUUUUUUUUUCUUUAGGUGAACACCAAAUUUUUACUUUAAAAACAAAUCACUGCAGAAUGAAAAAUGGUUUUAAUCUAAUUUUAAAUUUUAUAAUAAAACAUGAUAUAAUCAUUGAAAUAACUAGCUUUCAUUUUUGCAAUGUUUACAAGUAUGAAUGAUAAAAAAUUUAUCAUAUUUCUUGCAAAAUAGCACUAGCUGAAAGUUUACCCCCGUAAUGACUAGUAAAUAAAUAAAAUAAACAAAUUAAUGUGUAUGCUAUGUAAUCAAAAUAAGUAUUACUUAUUACCUUACUAUCACGGCGUCUUUUAAUGCUUUACCAUGCUCUGCUAGACCAAUGAUGUCCUUUGUCGUGAGCAUCUGUGCCUAGGAUAAGAAAAAUACAUGCAUAGAGAAAAAAUGUGUAUUCAUCAUCUGAUUCGUUUCGUUGAAAAGCAGCCAAAUGUGAAACUUAAAAUAACACUGCGAAACAACUAUGCUUAAUGAAAUUUCAGUCAUUUUAAUGCUUGGUAAAUUAUUUCUUAAAUAGAAGUUUCGUUUAUUUGGGGUGCACUUAACACAUACUAAGGAUGGACGCUAGAGCAUCUGAAGGAAAAUAUGGGAAGAUGUGAGAAGAUGUGGGAAGAUGUGGGAAGAUGUGGGAAGAUGUGGGAAGAUGUGGGAAGAUGUGGGAAGAUGUGGGAAGAUGUGGGAAGAUGUGGGAAGAUGUGGGAAGAUGCUGAAGAUGCGAAAAGAUGCGGAAAGAUUCGGCUUCACUAAUAUCUGAAAGUUUUCUACAGGGUUUUACCAUAGCUGCUGCGAUGUUUUGAGGAUCGUUGCAAAAUAUUUAUUGACGAAGUUCGAUUAAAUUAUACGGAGCAGCUAAAUGUGCUUACAAAGGCUCAGGCAGAAGCGGACUGGCCCACCGGGAAAUUUUCCGGUGCGCCCUUUGCCCCAAAUUAUUUUUUUCAAAAACUUUCAAAAGGCAACUAAUCUUCGAACAAAACUAAAAUUGAUUACAACCAUCAAUUGACCUCCUGUCUAAAGUGCGUUUUCAUUAAAAGUUUAGCUUUACCUUUAAGUUGAGCAAUAUUAAGACCCCGUUUACACUAGAGUGUUUUAUCCGGAUAAAUUUUUAUCCGGAUAAAUUUUUAUCCGUUUACGUUGUACCGGAUAAAAUUUUAUUCGUUUAGCCCCUCCGUUUACAUGGUGAAACUAAAUGGUGAGUUUUUUAAUUGGGCAUGCGCACAACCCUUGAUUUAAGAACGGUCGAAAAUAAUUUUCAUUGAUGUCAGAGUGAACACGUUGAUAUUUCUGUCAUAAAGUCGACAAUGCCAAAGAAAUCGGAGAAUACAUCGACGGGAAGUAGCAAGAAGGCUGAUAAGAACUUCACAUGGACAGAUUAGGAAACUGCUUUGCUGCUCCAAGGUCUGUCCCAGAAUCGGCGUGGUCGUCGAUUUCUUCUUGAAGCUUUCAGAAUACGGCUUAUUCUUUGCAGCCGUGAAUUGCUAUAGUCAACUAUCGAUUCCAAGUUGCGUUGGCUAGCUCUAUAGGAUCUCUCAGAUAUAGCAGCUAGCUGAGCAUUUAGCCUUGCUGCAGCAGCUACUGAGCUUAAAAAUGCAAACAGAGAUAGUAUGAUGUUUUGAAGACUUUCAUCCAUGAUAGUUCAGGAAACAGCAAAAAUGACAUGAAAUAUUAACAAAAGCGCGCCAAUUUUUUCUCUUGCGCAGUUUCGUUAUCAUAUUUAAAUGGCCUCAAUAUGAAACAGAAUAGCCUCACUGUGUAUGCGUAUAAAAAUUUAUCCGGAUAAAACUGUUUACACUCCCCUUUGCCGGAUAAUUUUCUAUCCGGACAAAAAUUUAUUCGCUUUCGUAGCAGGAUAAAUAUUUGUACGGCAAAGCGGAUAAAUAUCUACACGGAUAAAAUUCGCUCGUGUAGACGGAGAGCCUAUCCGCGUAAAUUUUUAUCCGGAUGAAAAUUUAUCCGGAUAAAAGACUCUAGUGUAAACGGGGUCUAAGAUUGAUUGUUAAGUUCA